AUGCGCGGGGGUGGUCUGCGCAGUCACUGCGCUGCGCCGUCCCCUCCGAACCUUCCGCACCUGCGCCGCUGCGGUUCGGCCCGGCCCCUGCCGUUCCCCGCCAGCCCCGCCAUGGCCGACCCGCGUUUGAGGCAGAUCAAGAUCAAGACCGGCGUCGUGAGGCGAUUGGCAAAAGAAAAAGUUAUGUAUGAAAAAGAAGCAAAACAGCAAGAAGAAAAGAUUGAAAAGAUGAAAGCUGAAGCAUGUGAUGAUUAUGGAAUUAAGAAACAGAUCGAGAUCUUACAAGAGUCACGAAUGAUGAUUCCAGACUGCCAGCGCAGAUUAGAAGUUGCACACGCAGAUCUUACUCAACUACUAGAAAAUGAAAAAGAAUUGGAAGAAGCUGAAGAGUAUAAAGAAGCACGUUCCCUACUGGAGUCAGUGAAGCUGGAAGCCUAGAAGUUUUUCAGUACUCUCUUUAUAUGCAUUAGCACUGGGUCCAUUCCACACUUUCAUUUGACUAUGGCUCUGUUACUACCGUUGACUUGCUUAAGGUUCCCUUUAUGCAAACUGGCCUUUCUCUUACUGCAAGAUGCAUCAAAUAAAGGAUGUUCUGAAACA